CUCCCCCUCUUCACAAAGAUUCUCUGUUGAAAUUUCCAUUCCGCUUCUCUCUCGCUCUCUUCUCCUCCAUAAAUAUACGGUGCUCAGCUGCGGCGAUCGGACACAUUCCAUUGCCGCUUCUCCGCCAGCUAGCUAGAGCUCCACAACUCCAUUCAUUCACUCCAACUCUCUUUCUCUCUGGCUUCAAAUUUCUUCCAGAAGUUGGUUGAAGCUUUUCGAUCACAGCUCAAACUCGCGGUUUCUUCUUCGUCAAUUCCUACAGGCCGUAUAUAAGGUUCCUUUCUUUUCUUUCGUGGAGAGGUCGCAAAUUCGGCUGAUCCUUUUCGUUGCUAGGCUGCAUUUUCCUAUCGCGCAAUUCUAGUAUCUCUGUAACAGUGUAACUCUGAGUAUUAAUUCCUUCGCUCGUGUAAAAUAUUAUUGCGCUUUAGGUUAUCCGAGAAAGUAACAAAAAAUGUUAGACGCCUGGCUGAAGGGGAAGUUCUAUUCCAAAUGCAAGACAGGAAUCAGGAUGACCAAGACUCGGGUAGAUUUGAUACGGAAAAAGAGGAAUGCAAUGCAGAAGUAUUUCAAGAAUGAUAUUGCCGACCUUCUGAUGAAGGGCUUAGAUGUCAACGCAUAUGGAAGGGCUGAAGGACUUCUGGUUGAACUUAAUCUAUCAAGGUGUUAUGAUUUAUUGGAGCAGUAUUGUCAGCAGAUCUCUGGCAAUCUUUCAGUCAUGAAUAAAGAAGGAGAGUGCCCUGAAGAUUGCAAGGAAGCUGUAUCAACUUUGAUGUUUGCAGCAGCAAGGUUUGCUGACUUGCCAGAAUUGCGUGAUCUCAGAACCAUAUUCACCGAUAGAUAUGGGAAAUCCAUUGAUUUUUUCGUCAAUAAAGAGUUUGUUGAAAAGCUGAAGGGAGAGAUACCAUGCAAGGACAUGAAGCUUCAGUUACUUCAAGACAUAGCAUCAGAGUGGGACAUAGAAUGGAACUCAAAGGCUUUGGAACAAAAGCUAUACACACCGCCACCAGCAACUUAUGAUGUAAAAUUGGAGAAAAGGGAAGAUGAUGAAUCAAACAAAUACAAUACACAGACUUCUCUUUCAGCUAAUGAUAGGAAUAAAGAAAACGAAUCUGCUCAUUUGAAGGUUCCCUUGCAUUACAAGUCAGUCCCUCCUCCAUACACUAAACCACAUGAACCUAAAAAGAAUGGCACUUUGGAUAAUGCUGAAAAUGAUAGGGUUGACAAAGAGGAGAGAGUGAAGCCCAAAUCAGUUAGAAAGGUAAGAGAGGCAGCGAAUGGUGACCAUGAAGAGAAAAAGCUGGACAAAUUGCUGGAGCAUUACAGCAAGAAGAAGGGUGCUUCAGAUAAACAAGAUGAAGAAUGUGGGUGCAGCAAAGUGUUGCCAAAGCGAAGAUCGAUAGAUUUUGGUUCGAGUGCUGGAGGUGAAACUACACCAAAAGGUGGUCAUCUUAGAGCGGCUUCAUAUAAUAUUGACACUUGUUGGAAUCCAAAUGCACACAUCCAUCCAAAGCUACCGGAUUAUGAUGAUCUUAUAGCUAGGUUGGGGCAGCAGCAAGAUCAGACCAAAUAUGAUGAAAUAAAGAUGAUGCAUGGGUAGAUGGAAAUGUACCAUAUAAUUCAUGGGUCAUGAUCAGUGUAGUAAUUCAUUGAUUGAAUGUACACAAAUAUACAUUUACAUGUUCUAGUCUUCUAGAUCUGAUCUGUACAAAUCAAAGGGCCAUCGUUCCUAACUUCCUAUUCCUUACCUUGCCUUUCACUUACAUCCGUAUAUGCAACUCAAUCCCAUCCGUCCAACUUUAUAAAAAGCAGAAGACAAAAAAAUUAAGAAAAAAAAAAGAGAGUUAAACAUCCAUGUCAACAUGUGACCAGGUAUAGAGAAGGGUUUGUCUGGUUAGUUGGCCCAAGCAACUCUUUUUUAAGAGUAAAUGUGUUUAAGUUUUUUUUGCCAUCAAAAAGGCUUCAAUGGGGGGUUUAAAACAAUAAAAGAACUUAUUUAGCCCAUUAACCCAUUUUAGAAAAGUUUCAGCCUCAACUUGCCACCCACAUAUCACAACACCUCAACUACAAAAAUACUUAGGGAGUGUUUGCAACUGCUUCUCUUAAAAAAAAAACACUUUUGGAGAUGUAAGGAAAAAAUGAUUAGUAGUAAAAGUUGAUAGUGUUUGAGAAAAAAGUGAUUUUGAAAAGUAAAAGUUGGUAGUGUUUGGUAAAAUAAGUGUUUUUUGUGUAAUAGAAAAGAGA